AUGAACGGACAAUCAACUAUUAACGAGCCAGUUGUUCAAACAAUUUUAAGGGAUUUAAAAAUGGUAGGAUACAAGUUAUACCAUGUUUUAUUACCAAGAGGUAAAGCUAUAAAUGCUUUAAGAGAUUGGGAUUUAUGGGGACCUUUACUUUUAUGUUUAGUUAUGGCACUAUCUUUCUUUCAAUGUGUUUGUGUUUUAGGUUAUUGUUUGUUUCCUUUGACAAUUUCUACCAUUAUUAUUUUUAUUCUUCCAGGUGCUGUCGAUAAAAUUUAUGUUAGACUUCCAAUCGCAGGUGGUUUUUAUUUUUGGUCAGUUUUUGCUUCAUAUGGAUUUUUAGCAGGAUCAGUCCCAGAUACACGUAAACUUUUAGCAGUUUAUCCAGUAAUAUUAUUUUAUUUAGUAAUUGCUUAUUUAGUUGUUUCUCAAAACAAAUAA